AUGGCCGGAAUGUUCAAUACUUUUCUCACAAACAAGCCAUUUGUAGCUUCAAGAUGCUACAAGUACUUUCUUUCUUCCACGAGGUCACGCUCCCACUCGUUUCGCCCCCUCCUCUCCAGCCAGAGGAGACAUAUAUUCAGCUUCCCAUCCAUUCGGCGAGUGACAGAGACCAACACUGGGAAACAUAAUGACGCCUCGGAAUAUGGAUCAAAACCUAUGGUGCAGCUGGUACAUGCUCUGGAGCAGCAGUCGCGGCCUCCGCCUCCUUUCAUUCUCGCGACGGGAUUCAUGCGGUUUAUAGAUAAACGACUCGGUCAAGUUACUUUGACACGUUAUCAGGCGGAGCUCCUUCUGCGCACCUUUCAGCAUCUUUUGAGUGUCCCUUCAAAGGAUCCCCAGGGUUCUUUACGAGAAUUUCUGGAACUGGAAAACUUUGAAUAUACGUUAGAAGCACUGGCACGAGCAGAUUUCACUCCAGAUGCUGCCGAGCUGGUUAAUGACUUGGCAAGGAUUGCCAUGGGCCACAUACGUAGAAUACGUGAGAGGACACCAGAGUUAACACCGGAGCCUGAUUUCGAGGUGUUCAAGUCGUACAUCACAGUUCUCUCAUCCACCGGAUUUUCUGCCGAUGCAUUAAAGCUCACCAUUACCUACUGGAAAACCACGCCGGAUCUGAGCAAUGGAUUGUCACUUUGGGCUAAUAUCAUGAAAGGAUUUGCGAAAGAAGGCAGGCGUCUAGGUGCUGAGCAAAAUACCCCGUCAAAAGUCACAAUGGUGUUGGAAAAAAUGAAGGAGUGCGGUAUCACAUUGGAUACGCAGCGACAGGAGCAGUUGAUCUCCAUGCUAGCAGACAGCAACUAUUUCCACGCGAUUAAGACUGUGGCUGAACUCCCUAUUGAAAAGUCAACGGCUACAAACGUACAUUUGCUCAAGUUCGCGCUGCGGCAUGCUAUGUACUCGUGGGCAGCAACGAUAGUGGGCUCAUUUCCGUCAUACCCAACCCCAGAAACCAGAGACGCACUACUCCUCUUUUCCUUCUUGAGGGGACGCUCUUCAGAUUCAGUCUGUAAACAGCUUGAUGAAAUGACUGCAAAAAACCCAGAGAUACGAACUACCAUGUCAAUUGACAUGAUCAACAUGAUAAUCGAAUAUGCAAACCUGCACAAACAGGCAAUUAUUGCCCAGCAAGCUAUCCAAGUGGCACAGAUUUGGAAUUUAACUCCUAACGCUCGAACAUUUGUUCUACAGAUACACUCACUGGUCUAUUCUGGACAAAUUAACGAAGCUGCAGAAUUGUUCCAAUCACUCAGUCCGGACGUGGAAUUUGAUCUAUCCGACGUUGAUUUCUUGAACGACUUUAUCAAACAACUCUGUUUGGUGGAGAAUUCCUCAAUCGAUUUUGAUACCGUCAACACGCUUGUGGAUAUAUUGCAGGGUGUGGGCGGCCGGUUUGACCCAAUGACCCUCAGCACUCUUUGCAAAUCACUGCUUCACCGAGGUGACUUAGAGGGUGUGUCAACUUUACUCCGACCAAUAAUUGAUACUUUCGAUCCCUUGGAGCUUCAAAAGAUCAGAUUGCCUUUCCUUGACUAUAUCAAAGAUAUGGAUCAAACCGUGGACAGUGCAUGGGAGGUAUAUGAACUUUUGAACCUAGCUAUACCAACAACGCCUGUUUCGACAAGGACGAUGAUCAUGAAUAUCUUUUUCGAGCGCCAGAGACCUGACCUUGCCUGUCUAGUCUUCGGUCAUAUGCGACAAAAGGGUGACCCUAAUAUCCGACCAAAUUCUUACACCUAUGCCCGCUGCUUCCAAGGAAUUGCAAAGUGCGCGGACUCAGCCAGUUUACAAUUAGUUCACAAUAUGCUAAAACUUGAUCUCCAAGUUGCUCCAACAACCAAAAUCCGCAACAGUUUGAUGCUGGCCUAUGCUGCAUGCGGGCUAGCAGAUCAAGCAAUGAGAAUUUUCAGGGACAUACUUCACUCAGAAGAAGGUCCUUCCGAACGAACACUAGUUAUAUUUUUCAGGGUCUGCGAAUCAUACGGCAACGGUCGUGAAGAGGCGACUAAAAUGAUGGAGAAACUGAAAUCCAUGGAUAUAUUAAUCAAUGAUGAAGUUUAUAAUGCAUACGUUGGUGCUCUUGGCGGCCAUUGUGAGCUGGAACUCGCAGUCCAAGCCAUCAAGCAAAUGGAGUCACAGACUGGCUCCGCACCAACUACACUCACGCUUGUAAAUCUCUACAACUCAUUACCAUACCAAUUCUGGAAAGAUCAGGCCGAAGAGUGGGCGCAAGUCGCGUAUCCUGAACUAUGGAAAACAAUAGGACAAUCCGGGCGAACAACAGACGAAGACGUUCACUUGCAAUUUUUCCUUGCACCUAGAGCAACUACUACACUCACCCUGUCUCAGCCACAUAGAGGCCUGCCAUCCGAUCAAAAUACAGGAACAUCGAUGCUUCCACCAUCGCUCGAAAAUCCAGACCAGCCAAAAGCCAAAAUUUUAAACAUGGAUGAUCCCUCCAGUGGGAUUCAAGCAGAUGUUUUGGCUUCACGGCUAUGA